AUGGCCCCGUCAUACGCGCAGGAUCAUGGCUCACAGCCUGAUUCUCAGCCACCAACGGUUGCUGCUUUUUCGCCCACUACCAUUUCAGGCUCAUCCUUGACGUCCCGACAGCGUUCCAGCAUAAUCGUACAUCGCAAGUCUCCCCUUCUCGUGGCUACGCCUCCGGCCAUCACUCGAGCCCUGGCCUAUUCUCAUCCUUUUAUACUUCCUUUGAAUAAACUCGCCGGCUUGCUCACGUGGACAACGGACGACCCAUGGCAGAGCUUCCUUCUUGUGGCGGGAUUUUGGACGGUGGUUCUGUACAGCGAUGCGAUUAUUCUUUGGGCCGGUCCGAUGUUAGUCGUAGUCGGGUUAAUACUAGGGAUGUAUUGGAGACGCUUCUCUCCGUUAUCGACGGCGGCAUUCACGGGCGAGAAACGACAGCACCAAAAGAGUGCGUCUGAGGGUUCUUCGCAUCAGCAUGAGACUUUGGAUGAGAUUGUCGAGACAUUAAGAACUUUCACGACCCGGUGCAACAUACUUUUGGAGCCUCUCCUUGAGCUUACGGAUUUCCUAUCAACCCAGAGAACGGCGAUCUCUGCAACUACAAGACCCGCUCUCACUACUAUGUUCAUACGAAUUCUUUUUGUGACUCCCAUCUGGAUCGCAUUGACCCUUCCGCCCUUCUACAUAAUCACAACUCGCCGUGUUGUCAUGACUAUAGGCACCAUCAUUCUCACCUAUCACUCCCGACCAGCAAGAGUAUCACGAGUCAUUUUAUGGAGAUCCUUGACUGUUCGCCGGAUAUGUUCCAUGAUUACUGGUCUUUCAUUUUCCUUAAAUCCCAAUAAACCGCAGACCCUCUGGGCUCAGAACCAUGGUCAUGCUGCAACUAUUGCAACGAGGCGGCGUGGGGACUCCUCGGGUGUUCGCUUCACCUUUGUGCUCUACGAGAAUCAACGCCGCUGGCUCGGAAUUGGAUGGACAUACUCUCUGUUUCCCUCUGAGCGUGCUGCAUGGACCGACGAACAUCUGAACCCGGCUCCGUCCAAGGAUGAUUUUGAACUCCCGCAUGUACAGGCUGGGAAUGCCAAGUGGCGCUGGGUCGAGGGCAGCGAGUGGCGCAUUGAAGGAGCUGACGAUAAGAACAGCAAGGCAGAUGGUAAAGCAGCGGAUGGUGGAGGAUGGAUCUAUUAUGAUAACAAGUGGAAUGAUGGCCGUCGUGGGCAAGAUGGUUGGGAUCGUUAUACUCGUCGUCGGAAGUGGUGCCGCGACGCUGAACUCGUCGAGAUACAACAAGCGACUGAAAACACGCCGGCUACGGCCAAGUCUAGUUUAACACAGGCGUUGGAUAUUGAGAGGGAGUUGGGGAACAUUGACGCUUCAACAGUCGAUACCGAUGCCGUGAGUCUCGCCCCGUCAGCCUCCUCCAAGGCUCGGAAAAGACGUUGGUUCGGGGGUUCGAAACCUGUAAGCGACAAAGCCAGUAGCACUUCCUCUGCGCUACCAGCCUCCACCAAUACCUCCGUGGACGCUGGAAAAAUAACCUCUACCACCAGUAACAGCCCCUCCGGAACCCCCGGCUCGAGACCGAUUGACAUCGCGCACUCCCGGAAACCAUCGAACUAUUCCGGCAACACAAGUCGUGGUAGUAUAGGCCGAGACAGCAGCGUUCCCAGGAGUACUUCGCAUAGUGACAGUGCCAGCCUCCGAGAUAAGGAAAUUGUCCACGCUCAAGAUCGUCUAGACCGCUGGGGUACUCGAGCUACAGGUGGUAUUGAGCGAGCGGAGCGAGAACUGGGGCUAGGUGACGAGGUCAAUAUGGGAUUGAGUUAA